ACACCUCAUCACUCUGUUCACCUCGUUCCUCCCUCAUCUUCUCCACGUCUCUACCCCUCCCACCCCAUCGGAUUCCUCCUCUCGAUCUCGAUCCGGUACCUGAAGUGUCCCGAUCGCGUCGAGUUCCGAUUCCGUCUCUAAUUUAUUGUAAUCGUGGAGAAGAAUCGGGGGAAAGGACGAGGGAAGCGCCCGGAUAGUUGUCGCUCAUCAGUCCGGAUUUUCAUAUGUUAGUAUGCUUUGUGACCAAAAUAUGCCAAAAUUUGACAAGUUUGAGGAUUGGAGUAAGAAGAUCUGACUUGUUAUUUUGCAAAUACUCAUCCCAAAAGUAAUGUGAAGGAUUGUUCUUGGUCUUUGCUGCCACUUCCUGUUUGUCAAUAUCUUGAAGUGGUACACUGGAGGUGGUGUUUCAGAUAUAAGCUUUUGCUUGAAAUAACCCCACUGCUUCAGGUUUGGGAACUAAGAAUUAGACAGUGCCCGAUGGAUGCCACCGCUAGUGGUAGCAGUUCCUCAAUAACUUUUCACACGAUUGUAGAUUCGUCCCUCUCUCUUGUGUCCCCAUUGCAGCAAACAUUCCAACGUGCGCAACGGCAUUGCUUUGGAGAUUCCACCCCAGGGGAAUUCCCUUUGGCUGCAAACCCCUCAAUUGUUCUCCAUGUUCUUACUUCUUGCAAUUUGGAUCCCCAUGAUCUUGCUAAUCUGGAGGCAACAUGUACAUUUUUCAGGAAGCCUGCCAAUUUCACCCCUGAUUUUCAAUUAUCUAUUGCCGAGCUUGCGGCUUUGGAUAUGUGUCAAAAACGGGCUAUAUUUAAGCCAAUGACUUCUGAAGAGAAGGACUUUCUUAAGCAACGCUGUGGGGGGUCCUGGAAAUUAGUUCUUAGGUAUAUAUUAGCUGGUGAGGGCUGUUGCAGACGAGAAAAUUCUCAUGCUAUUGCUGGCCCUGGUCAUAGCAUUGCCGUGACUUCGUCUGGAUCAGUAUAUUCCUUUGGGUCGAACAAUUCAGGGCAGCUUGGACAUGGCACCACUGAAGAGGAGUGGAAACCUCGACUUAUAAGAUCAUUGCAAGGUAUUCGGAUUAUACAAGCAGCAGCUGGAGCAGGGAGAACGAUGCUGAUUAGUGAUGCUGGAAGAGUUUAUGCAUUUGGAAAGGACUCAUUUGGAGAGGCGGAAUAUGGAGCACAAGGUUCCACUGUGGUGACUACUCCCCAGCUGGUGGAAUCAUUGAAAAAUGUAUAUGUUGUUCAGGCAGCAAUUGGGAACUUCUUCACGGCUGUUCUUUCUCGAGAAGGCAGGAUCUACACUUUCUGCUGGGGGACUGACUCAAAGCUUGGCCAUCAGACAGAGCCGAAUGACCUGGUACCUCGUCUUCUACAGGGUCCUCUUGAGAACAUACCAGUGGUUCAGAUUGCUGCUGGUUAUUGUUACCUGCUAGCAUUGGCCUGUCAACCAAGUGGCAUGUCCGUCUACUCUGUGGGCUGCGGCUUAGGAGGGAAGCUUGGUCAUGGUUCGAGGACAGAUGAAAAAUACCCAAGGUUGAUCGAGCAGUUUCAGACUCUAAACCUGCAACCUAUGGUGGUUGCCGCAGGUGCGUGGCAUGCUGCUGUUGUGGGGAGAGAUGGGCGUGUUUGCACAUGGGGAUGGGGACGUUAUGGCUGUUUGGGCCAUGGGAAUGAGGAGUGUGAAUCUGUUCCCAAGGUGAUAGAAUCCCUGGCUACUAUCAAGGCUGUACAUGUCGCAACCGGCGACUAUACUACGUUUGUCGUGUCUGACACUGGGGAUGUUUACUCCUUCGGCUGUGGAGAAUCCUCCAGUUUGGGUCAUUCUACUGCCAUCGACAGUCAGGGUAACAGGCAUGCCAAUGUACUCAGCCCAAAAUUAGUAACUUCAUUGAAGAACAUCAAUGAAAGGGUAGUUCAAAUUAGCCUCACAAACUCAAUCUACUGGAAUGCACAUACCUUUGCUCUAACAGAUUCUGGGAAACUGUAUGCAUUUGGUGCUGGCGACAAGGGCCAACUUGGCAUUGAACUAGUUGCACAACAGACAGAAAGUGGGACGCCGGAGCAUGUGAACGUCAAUCUUAGUUAAGGUGUAUUAAUCUUAGUUAGGCACACCUGCUGGUUCUCUGCAUUUCCUUAAAAUUUGUUAUGGCAUCUGCCACCAUUGGCUCUCUGGUUUCUACCACGUAUUCAAUCCCUGGCACCACCACCAUUGUGACUGAUCGAAGACCCCUCUUGUUCAUAUAACAUUAUGACUCAUUCUGUUCAUAGAUUAUGUUCGUGUGUACAUAACAAAGCUUUGUUAGGUGCAUGGUUCAGCUCGAGGAAGACCAUGGAUGUCCAUAGAUGUGUCAAUUUGGUAACAUCAUCCUUGAACAGGUAAAACUAACUGUUAUUAGCCAUUUCAAUUUGCCUUGUGUUAAUCAGUUUGUUUUCAGUAA